AUGAAGGAAUCUAUUAAUGGUAUUGUUGAUGACCAACAAACUGAUGUCACAGACGAUGUUAAGUCAUCUCUGAAUGAUCCCCCGGUUGAUUUCUCAGACAAGGAGAAUGAACCUCCUCAAGCUAAACCUGACAAAUUCAACAUGGGACCCUCCAUCAGAGUUCAGAAGGAUCAUCCCAAAGAUCUCAUUCAAAGAGAUCCAAGUAAAAGGGUCAUAGCUAGAUCAAGGGAAGUGAUCUCAAAUGGCUACUUGAAAGAUGAAGUAUGUUUUGAACAACCUAAAAGGCAAGUGUACAGAUUGAAGAAAGCCCUCUAUGGUUUGAAGCAAGCUCUUAGGGCUCGGUAUGAGAGACUCAUAAUGUUCCUCACUAACAAUGGUUACAAGAGGGGAGGUAUUGACAAGAUCCUAUCUGUGAAAAAUGAAAGAGAAAAGCUCAUGGUGGCUCAAAUAGAUGUGGAUAAUAUUGGGUUUGGUGGGAGGACAAAUCAGAUGAUUGAACAUAAUGAUCCAACGCCAUCUCCCAAUUUUGAAUUCCCUGUAUUUGAGGCAGAGGAAGAUGACGUUGAAGAGAUUCCUGAUGAGAUCACCCGUCUCCUUGAGCACGAAGAGAAGAUCAUUCAGCCGCAUCUCGAAGACUUGGAAACAGUCAACUUGGGAUCUGAAGAUUGUGAGCGCCUGGUGAAGAUUGGGGCACUUCUUGAAGAGUCUGUUAAGGAAGAUUUGAUCAGCUUGCUACGAGAAUAUUCAGAUAUCUUUGCUUGGUCCUAUGAAGACAUGCCGGGUUUAGAUACAGAUAUUGUGCAACAUUUCCUGCCUUUGAAGCCUGAGUGCGUGCCUGUGAAGCAGAAGCUCAGAAGAACUCAUCCAGAUAUGGCAGUGAAGAUCAAAGAGGAAGUUCAGAAGCAAAUUGAUGCGGGGUUUCUGGUGACUUCGACAUAUCCUCUAUGGGUGGCCAAUAUUGUGCCUGUUCCUAAGAAGGACGGAAAAGUCCGUAUGUGCGUUGAUUACAGAGAUUUGAAUAAAGCUAGCCCAAAAGAUGAUUUUCCUCUACCACACAUUGACAUGUUGGUAGACAAUACAGCUAAAUUCAAAGUCUUUUCCUUUAUGGACGGAUUUUCCGGAUAUAAUCAAAUCAAGAUGGCACCAGAGGAUAUGGAGAAGACAACAUUCAUCACACCUUGGGGAACAUUCUGUUAUCGAGUGAUGCCCUUCGGUUUGAAGAACGCCGGAGCCACGUAUCAACGAGCUAUGACUACCUUGUUUCAUGACAUGAUGCACAAGGAGAUAGAAGUCUAUGUUGAUGAUAUGAUUGCUAAGUCCCGAACGGAAGGUGAGCAUAUUGAGCAUUUGUUGAAGCUUUUUCAGCGUUUGAGGAAGUUCCAGCUUCGUCUGAAUCCGAACAAAUGUACUUUUGGAGUCCGUUCCGGAAAGUUGUUGGGUUUUGUGGUAAGCGAAAGAGGUAUUGAGGUUGAUCCUGCCAAGGUCAAAGCAAUACAAGAGAUGCCCGCACCCAAAACUGAGAAGCAAGUCCGAGGUUUUCUUGGCCGCUUGAACUACAUUUCCAGAUUUAUAUCCCACAUGACUGCCACAUGUGCGCCGAUAUUCAAGCUCCUCCGGAAGGAUCAGUCUCAUGAUUGGACCGAGGAUUGCCAGAAAGCUUUCGACAGUAUCAAGGAUUAUCUGUCUGAACCUCCGAUUUUGUCUCCGCCUGUGGAAGGAAGACCUCUGAUUAUGUACUUAACAGUUCUUGAAGACUCGAUGGGUUGUGUACUCGGUCAACAAGAUGAAUCAGGGAAGAAGGAGUUUGCUAUCUACUACCUCAGUAAGAAGUUUACUGAUUGUGAGUCUCGGUACUCUAUGCUUGAGAAGACGUGCUGUGCUUUAGCUUGGGCAGCUAAGCGUUUGCGCCAGUACAUGAUAAAUCAUACAACUUGGUUGAUAUCCAGAAUGGAUCCAAUUAAGUAUAUCUUCGAGAAGCCUGCUUUAACUGGGAGGAUUGCCCGUUGGCAGAUGUUGUUGUCUGAGUAUGAUAUCGAGUAUCGAGCUCAGAAAGCUAUCAAAGGUAGUAUCUUGGCUGACCACUUAGCGCACCAGCCGAUUGAAGAUCAUCAGUCUGUUCAGUACGACUUCCCUGACGAGGAAAUUCUGUAUUUGAAGAUGAAAGAUUGCGAUGAGCCUACACUUGAUGAAGGUCCAGAACCUGGUUCCAGAUGGACGAUGGUGUUUGAUGGCGCUGUUAAUCAAUAUGGAAAUGGAAUUGGGGCAGUAAUUGUUAAUCCCCAGGGUUCGCACAUUCCAUUUACAGCAAGGCUAACUUUCAAAUGCACGAAUAACAUGGCGGAGUAUGAAGCCUGUAUAAUGGGACUUGAAGAAUGCAUUGACUUGAGAAUCAAAUAUCUUGAUGUCUAUGGUGAUUCAGCUUUGGUUGUCAAUCAGAUCAAGGGUGAAUGGGAGACAAAUCAGCCAGGUCUCAUCCCAUACAGAGAUUAUGCAAGGAGAAUUUCAACUUUCUUCACAGAAGUUGAAUUUUAUCAUAUUCCUCGAGAGGAUAAUCGGAUGGCAGAUGCCCUUGCUACGCUUGCUUCUAUGAUAGUUGUCAGAUGGUGGAAUGAUGUUCCCAACAUUACUGUGAUGCGCUUGGACAGACCCGCUCACAUAUUUGCAAUCGAAGAAGUAAAAGAUGACAGGGGCAUCAAACACAAGGAUAGGAAAACUUUGAGAAGGUUGUCAGGUAGUUUCUACCUCAGCGGUGAAGUGCUGUACAAGAGAAAUUUUGAUAUGGUUUUGCUCAGAUGCGUGGAUAGACACGAGGCAAACCUUUUGAUGACUGAGGUCCAUGAGGGUUCAUUUGGUACUCAUUCCAAUGGACAUGCCAUGGCUAAGAAAAUGUUGAGAGCAGGCUACUAUUGGCUGACAAUGGAGUCUGACUGUUGCAAGUAUGUGAAGAAAUGUCACAAGUGUCAAAUUUAUGCGGAUAAGAUUCAUAUUCCUCCGACACUCCUGAAUGUGAUUUCAUCACCAUGGCCUUUCUCUAUGUGGGGAAUCGACAUGAUCGGCAUGAUUGAGCCGAAAGCGUCCAACGGACAUCGUUUUAUUCUCGUAGCAAUUGAUUACUUCACCAAAUGGGUUGAAGCCGCUUCAUACGCGAAUGUAACCAGACAGGUGGUUGUGAAGUUUAUCAAGAACCAGCUAAUUUGCCGUUAUGGUGUGCCAGAAAGGAUCAUUACUGAUAAUGGAUCCAAUCUGAAUAAUAAGAUGAUGGAUGAGUUGUGCGCUGAAUUUAAGAUUGCACACCAUAAUUCUUCUCCCUACAGACCCAAGAUGAAUGGGGCUGUUGAAGCUGCUAACAAGAAUAUCAAGAGAAUUAUCCAGAAGAUGACUGUCACGUACAAAGAUUGGCAUGAGAUGCUGCCAUUUGCUUUGCAUGGAUAUCGUACGUCUGUACGCACUUCAACAGGGGCAACCCCUUUCUCUCUUGUUUAUGGCAUGGAAGCCGUUCUCCCAGUAGAGGUGGAGAUCCCAUCAAUGCGAGUCUUGAUGGAAGCCAAGUUGACUGAUGCUGAAUGGAUUCAGAGUCGUUAUGACCAACUGAAUUUGAUUGAAGAGAAGAGAUUAACUGCCAUGUGCCAUGGUCAGUUAUAUCAGCAAAGAAUGAAGAAAGCAUUCGACAAGAAGGUCAAGCCUCGUGCGUUCCGAGAAGGUGACCUUGUGCUCAAGAAAGUUUUGUCUUUCGCGCCCGAUUCCAGGGGCAAGUGGACUCCAAACUACGAGGGUCCAUAUGUUGUUAAGAGAGCCUUUUCAGGCGGUGCUUUGAUGCUUACAACAAUGGAUGGGGAGGAUUUCACUCGUCCUGUGAAUUCAGAUGCAGUUAAGAGAUACUUUGCCUAA